AUGACUGCUAUUCAAAUGUAUAACAAAGUCAUCCCUUGUGGUAAUUCUGUUGAAUUUAAGGAUAUUGAAGAUGGAGUGUCUCUCUUUAUUAAAAACAUUGCAUUGUUCCCAACAAAAGAAGGUGAUGGUUAUGCUCAGUUAUACAUUUAUGAAAAUGAACAGAAAAUAAUGUUAUACCGUUUGGACGAACAAACUAUUCCAAAUCAAGUUUGCACAAUGACACUGAUUGAAAAAGGAAAAUCAAAAGAAUUGUUUAUUGAAGGAAAAGGUCAAGUUCAAUUAACAGGGUAUUUAGUUUAA